ACUCAUCCGCUGCCCGCCAGGAGAAGAAGGGAGUGCUGGAGAGGAGCUCAAAACGGCGGUGUUUAAAAUACGGCAUCACUUUAAUUCAGUAAACUAUCACUUCCUGAGCAUCUAACUUCACAAGAUGUCUAAAGGACCAGCAGUAGGCAUUGAUCUGGGCACCACUUAUUCAUGUGUGGGUAUCUUCCAGCAUGGCAAAGUGGAGAUCAUUGCCAAUGACCAAGGGAACAGAACCACCCCAAGCUAUGUGGCCUUCACUGACACAGAGAGGCUUAUUGGAGAUGCUGCCAAGAACCAGGUGGCCAUGAAUCCAGCCAACACCGUAUUUGAUGCCAAGCGUCUGAUUGGUCGCAAGUUUGACGACGCCGUGGUGCAAUCGGACAUGAAACACUGGCCCUUCAAGGUUAUAAAUGAUUCCUCCAAACCAAAGAUGGAGGUUGAAUACAAGGGGGAGAUCAAGUCCUUCUACCCCGAGGAGAUUUCCUCCAUGGUUCUCACCAAAAUGAAGGAGAUUUCUGAAGCUUACCUUGGCAAGCCUGUGAACAAUGCAGUUAUCACAGUUCCUGCUUACUUCAAUGACUCCCAGCGUCAAGCCACCAAAGACGCCGGUACCAUCUCCGGCCUCAAUGUGCUUCGCAUUAUCAAUGAACCCACAGCCGCAGCCAUUGCAUACGGCUUGGACAAAAAGGUUGGGGGUGAGCGUAAUGUUCUCAUAUUCGACCUCGGUGGCGGUACUUUUGACGUGUCAGUCUUGACAAUUGAGGACGGCAUCUUUGAGGUCAAGGCCACAGCGGGGGACACCCACUUGGGUGGGGAGGACUUUGACAACCGCAUGGUCAACCACUUUAUUGCCGAGUUCAAGCGUAAGUUCAAAAAGGACAUCAUCAACAACAAGCGGGCCGUGCGCCGUCUGCGUACAGCGUGCGAGCGAGCUAAGCGCACCCUCUCCAGCAGCACCCAGGCCAGCAUUGAGAUCGACUCGCUCUACGAGGGAACAGACUUCUACACUUCCAUCACCAGGGCUCGCUUCGAAGAACUCAACGCGGACCUGUUCCGAGGAACCCUCGAGCCCGUGGAGAAGGCCCUGAGGGACGCCAAGAUGGAUAAGAGCCAGAUCCAUGAUAUUGUUCUCGUGGGCGGCUCCACGCGUAUUCCGAAGAUCCAAAAGCUUUUGCAGGACUUCUUCAACGGGCGCGACUUGAACAAGAGCAUCAACCCGGAUGAGGCGGUUGCGUACGGGGCAGCUGUACAGGCUGCCAUCCUGGCUGGCGAUAAGUCUGAGAAUGUGCAGGACCUGCUCCUGCUGGACGUCACACCCCUGUCCCUUGGAAUUGAAACGGCUGGAGGAGUGAUGACGGUCCUUAUCAAAAGGAACACCACUAUUCCAACUAAACAAACCCAAACCUUCACCACCUACUCCGACAACCAACCUGGUGUCCUCAUUCAGGUUUACGAAGGGGAAAGAGCCAUGACCAAAGAUAACAAUAUCUUGGGGAAAUUUGAAUUGACUGGUAUCCCGCCUGCUCCCAGAGGAGUCCCUCAGAUCGAGGUGACCUUUGACAUUGAUGCCAACGGCAUUCUCAACGUCUCGGCAGUCGACAAAAGCACCGGAAAGGAGAACAAGAUCACCAUCACCAAUGACAAAGGUCGACUGAGCAAGGAAGACAUUGAGCGCAUGGUGCAGGAAGCAGAACAGUUCAGGUCUGAAGAUGAGGCCCAGAGAGACAAGAUCACUGCCAAAAACUCUCUCGAGUCCCUUGCCUUCAACAUGAAGAGCACAGUGGAGGACGAGAAGCUCCAGGACAAGAUCAGUCCCGAGGACAAAAAGACUAUCAUAGACAAGUGUAAUGAAGUAAUCGCCUGGCUGGACAGGAACCAGACAGCUGAGAAGGAAGAGUAUGAGCACCAGCAGAAAGAGCUGGAGAAGAUUUGCAACCCCAUAAUCUCUAAGCUGUACCAGGGGGGCAUGCCAGGAGGAAUGCCAGGAGGAUGCCAGGAGGAAUGCCAGGAGGAAUGCCGGGUGGAGCCGGAGCUGGUUCCUCCUCUGGCCCAACCAUCGAGGAAGUCGACUAAAUAUAAGCAAUAAGCACAAGAGCUACUUAUCUUAGCUUGACCACAUGUAGUGGCUGUUCAAACCAUGCAUUUUGUGCCAAAUGGGCACACCAUAAAAAUUCAACUUAAUUUUGCUCUACAGCAUUACAAUGAGCUAUUGCU